GCGGCCAGAGCACAGUGACCACGGCAUCGAGGAAGGUCAUGAAGCAUCUACUGACUGCACUCGUGGUGGUGCUGAGUGCCGCCCUUCCCGGGGAGCAGAUCCUGGGCUCGGCCAAGGGCUGCAGCCGGCGCUAUUUGAGGCGGAUCAACGGCAAGUGCUACUAUUUUUCCGUGAAGAAGAUGAACUGGCAUGGUGCACUGAACAAUUGCCUGCGCAAGGGCCUGGUUUUGGCCGAUCUGAGUAACCCAAGAGAUUUCUACGGAGCCGUCGACUUUCUCAGUUCCAAGGGCAACACGGAGGACUUCUGGUUCGGGGGAAACGACCUCCAGCAUGAGGGCCGCUUCCAAUACAUCAGCAACGGGCGCCUGGUGCGCUACUUUGGCAACUACAGCAUUGUGGAGCCAGCGGAGCACUCGGAAUGCGAUGAUUGCCUGGAGGUGCGUAUCCGCUCUAACAUAACAGUGGUGGCGGACGAUAACUGUUUGGAGCGGCAGUACUUCAUCUGUUCGGAGCGCUACUGCAGCGCCGAUAGCGAGGAAGGCGCUGCCGGCAAGCCAAAUCAUCACAGCCACGAGCAUCUGCAUCACUUCCAUCACGACAUUGGCGAGAGCGCCGGCGAAGAGGAGGAGGGUUUCAACGAAGCCCCGCCCAUUGGCAGCGGCUCUGGGGAGAAUGACGCCAGCAAUUCGGAGGGUGCUGUAGAGUUUCCAGACCUGCCCGAUGACGCCACUGCUGGCUCCACUACACCGUUAAGCGAUAUCCUUCCAGAAGGAUUGGGAGGUGAAGCUGAACCCGUCGAAGCCCCCCCUGCAACUGGAGAAGAAGUUCCGGCAGGGGAUACCGGACACGGCGAAGAAGGAGGUACUACGGAAGAAGGAGCCAUAGAAGAAUAUACGCUGGAAGCCGGAGAGGAAGGUGGAGAAGCCGCUGCGGGAGAAGGUGGAGAAGCUGCUGAGGGAGAAGACACUAUAGCCGGAGAGGGAGGAGAAGCUCCUGACACUGAAGGAGAAGCUGCUCCGGCGGUCGAAGGAGGAGCAGCUCCAGCGGCCGAAGGAGAAGCAGCUCCAGCGGCCGAAGGAGAAGCAGCGCCAGCGGCCGAAGGAGAAGCAGCUCCAGCGGCCGAAGGAGAAGCAGCGCCAGCGGCCGAAGGAGAAGCUACGCCAGCAGCCGAAGGAGAUGGUGCACCAGCGGCCGAAGGAGAAGCAGCUCCAGCGGCCGAAGGAGGAGCAGCUCCAGCUGCCGAAGGAGAUGGUGCACCAGUGGCCGAAGGAGAAGCAGCUCCAGCGGCCGAAGGAGGAGCAGCUCCAGCGGCCGAAGGAGAAGCUACGCCAGCGGCCGAAGGAGAAGCUGCUCCAGCUGCCGAAGGAGAUGGUGCACCAGCGGCCGAAGGAGAAGCAGCUCCAGCGGCCGAAGGAGGAGCAGCUCCAGCGGCCGAAGGAGAAGCUACGCCAGCGGCCGAAGGAGAAGCUACGCCAGCGGCCGAAGGAGAAGCAGCUCCAGCAGCCGAAGGAGAUGCAGCUGCAGCGGCCGAAGGAGAUGCAGCUGCAGCGGCCGAAGGAGGAGCAGCUCCAGCGGCCGAAGGAGAAGCAACUCCAGCGGCCGAAGAAGGAGCAGCUCCAGCGGCCGAAGGAGAAGCUGCUCCAGCUGCCGAAGGGGAAGCUGCGCCAGCGGCCGAAGGAGAAGCCCCAGCUGCACGAGUACCCCCAGCAGCACGAGCACCCCUAGCAGCGAUGCACCACAUAAUCUAAUACAAAUUCAGUUAUGACCUAUUAAAUCAUUUUAAAAUAAAAUAAAAAAACCUUGAGCCAAAGUA